UCAUCAAUGGCGUCCACCGGAGUAAUGCUCGUCCUGACGGCGGCGCUCGCCGUGCUAGUCGUCGCCGACCCUGAGCCGGUGCAGGACUUCUGCGUGGCCGUCCACCCCGCCGGCGACGCCGCGGCCUACCCCGGUUUCCCGUGCAAGCCGGCGUCCGCGGUCGUCUCCGACGACUUCUUCUUCGCGGGGCUCGCCGUCGCCGGCGACACGAGCAACCGGUUCGGGUUCAACGUGACGCAGGGCAACGUGGAGGCGUUCCCGGGGGUGAACACGCUGGGCUUGUCCAUCAACCGCGGCGACUUCGCCCCCGGCGGCGUCAACCCGCCGCACAGCCACCCGCGCGCCACCGAGCUGGUGCACGUCAUCGCCGGGAGGGUGCUCGUCGGGUUCGUGAGCACGGCGGGGAGGCUCUACUCCAAGGUGCUCCGGGAGGGGGAGAGCUUCGUCUUCCCGCGCGGGAUGAUACACUUCCAGUACAACGUCGGCGAGGCCUCCGCCGCCCGCGUCAUCACGGUGUUCAACAGCCAGCUCCCCGGCGUCGUGGGCGCCGGCCCGGCGCUGUUCGGCGCCGACCCGGAGAUCCCCGACGUCGUCCUCGCCAAGAGCUUCCAGGUGGACGCCAAGAUCAUCAAGCUCCUCAAGUCCAUGUUCAAGAACUGAUAUCGCAUCGUAUUCUCUCCGUUUCAGACUUUCUGGUCUUAUCCAAAAUCAUAUGUUUACUAAUUAAUUUAGACACAUAAACAAAUACAGAAAGUCUUAUAGUAUGAAACAGAAGAAGUCUUAUAUGUAUAUUGAGUUUACAAGUGUGUUUGAUAUUCCGGUACGAUAUUUGAACAUGUUUU